GCCACAAAGAAAACACAAUCAACCCAUCUACAUUACGAAAACCCAUCUCUUACUUACAUCCUUAAUUCACCAUUUGUACCAUCUAUUUCAAGCUUACACAAUGAACACUCUUUCAGUUUUCAUUAUUUUUUGUCUCUUAGCCUCCAUCUCACAAGCUAUAGAACUCGACUUUUGUGUUGGGGAUCUUAGUCUUCCAAGAGGACCUGAAGGAUAUGCUUGCAAAGAUCCUACUAAAGUCACAACUGAUGAUUUUGUAUACACGGGUUUCCGUGGUGAAAAAACUCCCAACAACGUGUUUGGGAACAAUGUGACAUUAGCAUUUUCAGAUGUGUUCCCAGCCUUCAAUGGUUUAGGCAUAUCUAUGGCCAGGUUAGAUUUUGCCGUAGGAGGAGUGAUACCAGUGCACUCUCAUCGUACGUCAGAAGUUCUUGUUUUAGUAAAAGGUUCAAUCAUUGCAGGAUUUAUUGAUACCAACAACACCGCAUACUAUAAACGAUUAGAAGUUGGUGAUGUCAUGGUGUUUCCACAAGCCAUGCUUCACUUCCAAAUCAACGUUGGUAAAACUCCUGCUACCGCUUUUGUUAGUUUGAAUGGUGCAAACCCAGCACUACAACUCACUCCUACGUCCUUAUUUGCUGGAAAUUUACCUGCUGAUAUUGCCCAGAAAAUCACACUUCUGAGUCGUAAGGAAGUAAGACGGAUGAAGCGAAUGUUUGGCACAGCUUAAUAUCCAUCUAUCUAAAGCUAAUUCUAAAUUAUAAGCCCCCAAUUUAUUUCAAUGUCCAACACAAUAAUUUUAUUCUAAAUUUAGUGAUGAUAAAUAAAGGGUAUUUAUAUGCCCCUUGUAUUCUCAUGAUUAAUAUAUUUGAGAUGUAAAUCUUUUUUUUAAUACUCCCUCAGCUUUGCCGAUCUUUAGUAAGUAGCUUUUACUUUUGAAAAUUUUAAUUAAAUAAGUGUUUGUCCUUUGAUUCAUCGCAUCAAUAUGUACUAGGGUUCAAUUAUACCCUGCAUGUAUAAGUAAGAAAACUGA